AUGCAUGAGUUUGCGAAUCGGACACCUGUUUUGCGUACAGAUGACGAAAAUAAAGACCCCGUAGACCGAGGCGCCGACUCGCCCUCCACGUCCAAGGAUGGGACACCGAAAAGCCGUAGGUUGCUUGGAGCAUCAAAUGACUCUACACCGAAGUCGUCGGCUACGAAUUCCGUCACUCCAAAAAGAGCGAACUCGAAAAGCACACCGAAGACAGCUUCGAAGAAUGCCAAGAGCUCCUCUUCACCGACGAAUACCCCGAAGAGCCGUAAAAGUCUCACGGCUUCUGGGAAGAAGGGCUCGGCGAGCAAGCGGAAACCUGUCAAACAAGAGAAUGGAGUCAAACCCAAGCUGAAACGGGCGAGACUCGAAGAGGAUUCCGGAGAGGAGGACUGGAUGGAGUCGGACCCACUGGAGUCUGAGGAGGAAGACGUCUCUUCGGGCGAUGACUACGAGCCGAAAAAAGACGAGAGCGAUCUAGAAGAAAGUUACAACGAUGAUGUCGAAUCUGAAGGAGAAGUGACCACGCCGUCAGAAGAUGACGGAUCUGGACUGGAUUCGCCCGUCAAGAAGACCCCUCGACGCGCCCAAAGAACUCCGGCCAAAGCCCCCGCGACGCCGAAAACACCGUCAUCCUCAUUGGCGCAAUCUGUUAGUCGGAACCCAUCGGAAUGGCUGCAUCUGAGUUACGAAUUUCUGAAAGAGCCAAAAGAUCUGUCGGGGAAGAAAAUCGGCGAUGCGGACUACGAUCCGUCGACUUUACACGUGCCCAACAGCUUCAAAAACAGCCUAACUCCGGGCGUGCGGCAAUGGUGGGAGCUCAAGUCCCGACAUUUCGACACGGUGCUCUUUUUCAAAGUCGGAAAAUUUUACGAGCUGUACCACAUGGAUGCCGUGAUUGGAGUUGAGAACCUCGGUCUGACUUACAUGAAAGGGGACUGGGCUCAUUCUGGAUUCCCGGAAGUGGCGCUUCAACGCAACAUGGAAGCACUUAUCCAGAAGGGUUAUAAAUGCGCUCGGGUUGAGCAGACCGAAACUCCGUCGAUGAUGGAACAACGCUGUAAAACUUCGGGCAAAUCCUCGAAAUUCGACAAAGUUGUGAGGCGUGAGAUUUGCAAUGUCUCCUCCAAAGGACUGCAGUUGUGCGGAGCGGAUGCAGUCCCCGGGAGCUCGUAUUGCCUCGCCCUCUUCAGCAAAGAAAGACGUUUCGGAGUGUGUCUUGUGGAUUCCACUGUUGGACGCUUCCACAUCGGUGAAUUCGAAGAUGACCAUCAGUUGUCCAGCCUCCGGACCCUAAUCAGCCGUUUCGCACCUGUCGAGGCGAUUCUAGAGAGGAGCAUCAGCGCCGACGUGAAGCGCAUCGUGGAGGCAAUCGGUGCUAUUAUAGAUCAGCCAGCCAAAAAUAAAUUUCUAUCGGCCGAAAAGGCUCUGACGCUUAUUCGCGAGGGAGACUACUUCAAGGGGAAUGAAUACCCCCAGGCAUUGAAAGGGCUCAUUGCCGAGAACGAUCCCCUAAUGUCGACUCCUAGAGCCGGAUGUGAGCUCGCGGUUGCGGCUCUGGCAAGCAUAGUUGGUCGUUUGCAGGAAGCUCUGAUCCUCGAGGAUGUCCUGACCAUGGUGGAAUUCGAAACCAUAGAGUUCAAGUUCGAAGGAGGCAAGGGAGAUUAUCUGCCAAAGAUCAUGAUCAUGGACUCGGUGGCGUUGACCAAUUUAGAGAUAUUCGAAAACAGUGUGGGGACAUCCGAGGGCUCGCUUAUAUCAACAAUCAAUUUCUGUUCGACGGCAUUCGGACUCCGACAUCUCAAAAAAUGGCUCCUUGGCCCAUCGUGUGUUUCCGAAGAAAUCGAGUCGCGCUGGGACGCUGUUGGAGAGCUGAUGGAGAAUUUCUCCCUGUUGAAAACACUGCAAGAACGUCUGAAGAAAUUGCCCGACAUGGAUAAGAUGCUGGCCAGGAUACAUUCGCUGAGUCUCAAGAAGACCGACCAUCCAGAUUCUCGAGCGAUACUCUACAGCGAUGACGUCUAUUCCAAACGGAAGAUCGAAGAUUUCUGCAACGUUCUCGAUGGCUUCCGAGAAGCCCAGGCGAUUUGCAAGCUGGUCCGCGAUAAAGAUCUCAAGUCGUCUCUUCUCAGGGACUUGACUCAUCUGACGACGGAGGGAGGGCACUUCCCCGACGUGAAGGAGGCUCUCAAUUACUUCGAUAAGGCCUUCGAUAAAACGAAGGCGCUCAAGGACGGGAAAAUCGUCCCCGCUCCUGGAGUAGACGAAGAGUUCGAUGAAGCUCAGAGGAGGGUAGCCGAGGUGAAGGACAGUCUCGAUGAGCAUCUCCAACAGCAAAUGAAACAUUUCGGAACUUCGAAGAUCUCUUACACAGGAACGGGUCGUACCGCGUAUCAGAUAGAGGUCCCCGAGAGCGUUGCGGGGAAGGCUACCGAAGAUCAUACGCUAGAGGGUCACAAGAAAGGUUUCAAACGCUAUUACACUCGUCGAGGAAAAAGUCUUUGUGACGAAAUGAUCAAAGCCGAAGAGAUGCGCGACGCUGUGAGCAAAGAUCUCAUGAGGAGAAUAUUCCAUGCGUUCGACGAGAAGAGGCCCCUCUGGAAGAAAGUGAUCGAGUGCCUUUCCAACCUGGACUGCUUGAUGAGCCUCGCUCUCUACGGCAACAACGCUGGUGGUUCGGUUUGCAGACCGAAAAUCAAUCACGAGUCACAGAAGGCCAUAAUCCGUAUCGUUAAUGGAUGUCAUCCGUGUUUGCUGAAGAAACUCGGGGAGGAUAAGCUCAUCGCCAACGAUUUCACUCUGGGCACCGUCGAGGAAGGAAGAUGUGAUGGGAGCUCUGUGGCUCUGCUCACAGGGCCGAACAUGGGCGGUAAAUCCACGCUCAUGCGUCAAGUGGGCUUGCUGGUUGUGAUGGCUCAGCUUGGCGCUUGGGUUCCCGCCGAGGAAAUGGAGUUCAGCCUGGUAGACCGAAUCUUUACCCGUCUCGGAGCGUCAGAUCACAUCACUCUCGGGGAGUCGACAUUCCUCGUUGAGAUGCUAGAAACUUCAGCAGUUUUCAAACACGCCACGAAACAUUCGCUGGUGCUCCUGGAUGAGUUGGGUCGCGGCACAUCGACCAACGAUGGAGCGUCUCUCGCGUACGCGGUCUUGGCGGAACUCUCGAAAUCGAAUCGGAGAACGUUGUUCUCAACUCACUAUCACGAUCUCGCGAAAGAUAUCCAAGGAGUUUAUCUCGGUCACAUGGCUUGCGUGGUCGAAAACGAUGAAGAUGUCGUGUUCCUCUACAAAUUCGUUCCGGGUAACUGCGAGAAGAGCUUCGGCUUCAAUGUCGCCAGACUCGCCGGACUCCCGCAGCGAAUCGUCACUAUGGGUCUCCAGCGCGCGAAAGAACUCGAAGAGCAAUCGGACUUGCUUCAGAGAUUCGUGAAGUUCAUGUCUCUUUGAGAUUGUCGAUUCUCACCCUGGCUCUGAAUGCUCUCCCCAUCCGGAAUACACUGAUUAGAAAAUCAUCAUCGAUCCAGCCGAGCGGGUUCGCAAUUGAAGUAAAUCACUCGCUGCGUCGGAACGGUUCAGAGCUCCUCAGACUCCCGCCUCUCCCUCCCGGACAUCCUCUGUGCCGUGUGGAAAAUUCUGGUGGACGAAAUCGUGUCGAUGAAGAUAAUGUCUCGCGGGAAUACUCGCUUUUUUAGCGUUUGUAUAGUAGAAUCUGGAUUUUAGUAGAGUAUUGUUGUAGCUGAGCGGCCCAGGCGCUCUCAGAGAUUGAUGGGAGAUGUUGGAACUCGGAGGAAAGAGAAUGGUACGCCUGACAUGUGCGAGCGAUUAAGACAGGGAAAGAAUAAAAAGAA